GGUACAUAGUAGGUAACGAAGUCAAAAAUCGUGUCACUCGGAAGCCAAGAUGUCCGGGAAGCUCUCCUAUCUACAAAACUUCUACCAUCGUACCAUGCGGGACGUCGGGAGCCGGUCACUUUCCAUAAUUUCGCACCGCCUCGAAUAGACGUGCAUUGAAGAUCGAGACGAGUUGAAGAGGGCAAGGUAGGAAGUUGUUGGAUUAUAAAAAGAGCUUUCAGGCGCUUCUCCGAGUUCUUCUCAGAGGACAACACAAACACCUCUUCUAAACAUUCUGAACAAUAUUCUAGCCUUUGGAUCGCGACACAACUUCAAACAUGUCGCCCAAGUCGAAGCAACCCCAGCCAGCGCAUGGCUCUCAUGGCUCGCAUGGCUAUGAAUUCGGCGGACCAUUCGGUACCGCUGCCAUCACGUUUGGUCUUCCCGUCCUCUGCUACAUCUUCGCCUUUGGAUGUAACGAUAUUUCCGGUUGCCCUGCGCCGUCGCUUUUAAGUCCAAAAACUUUAUCUAUCGAGCAAUUGAAGGCUGAGGUGGGAUGGCCCGAGAACGGUAUCUUAGGUCUGGCUAGCUGGGAGGCUACCGGCUGGACUCUGGCAUACUAUUUCUUCAGCGCUCUUCUAUACCGUAUUCUCCCUGCUACCGAAGUUGAGGGUACGGAGUUGUCGUCGGGUGGAAGACUGAAGUACAGGUUCAACGCCUUUUCCUCGCACAUGUUCACCCUCUCUCUCUGCCUUGCCGGUACUGUUGCACAGGGGGCCGAGUUUCCCGUAUGGACCUUUAUUACCGACAACUACAUACAGAUUCUGACCGCCAACAUCCUCAUUGCUUACGCACUUGCAGCGUUCGUCUACGUCCGUAGCUUUUCUGUGAAGCCGGGUAACCCUCAGUUUCGACAGCUCGCCGAGGGUGGCUGCUCUGGUAACCUGAUCUACGAUUUCUAUAUGGGACGGGAGCUCAACCCUCGUGUUACCCUUCCAAUCAUCGGUGAGAUUGAUAUCAAGGAGUGGAUGGAGCUACGCCCCGGUAUGCUUGGCUGGAUCCUUUUAAACUGCGCUUUCAUCGCUAAGCAGUACCGUACCUUUGGCUACGUGACUGACAGCAUUGUCUUCAUCGCCAUCGUACAGACCGUUUAUUGUUUGGAUGCGGUGUACAUGGAACCCGCUAUUCUUACGACCAUUGAUAUUAUCAACGAUGGUUUCGGCUUCAUGCUGUCCUUCGGAGAUCUCGUCUGGGUUCCCUUUAUUUAUAGCCAGCAAACACGGUACCUAUCUACACACCCAGUGACUCUCGGUUGGCUAGGUAUUGCGGGGGUUUCCAUUCUCCUGAUUGCGGGUUUCGGUAUCUUCCGGUUAAGCAACCUCCAAAAGAACAUCUUCCGCACUAAUCCUAGCGACCCGCGUGUUGCGCAUAUCAAGUACAUCGAGACCAAGACAGGUUCGCGACUGAUGACGUCGGGCUGGUGGGGUGUCGCGAGACACAUCAAUUAUCUCGGUGAUUGGCUGCAGUCGUGGCCGUAUGCUUUGCCUACUGGUUUUGCCGGAUAUGUCAUCCUACCACCUGGCAGCAAUGUUGAAGGUGCUAUCAAGACACUCGACGGGAGGGAAAUAAUACAAGGCCCAGCCAAGUAUUGGGGUAUGAUUUUCACAUACUUCUACGUUGUCUACUUUGCUGUCCUUCUAAUUCAUCGCGAUGGCCGAGACGACGAGAAGUGUGCGAAGAAGUACGGAGAGGACUGGGAGAAGUACAAGAGCAUUGUAAAGUACAAGAUUGUACCAGGUAUCUACUAGGUCUAUCUAAGUACCUAGGUUAAGAAGAAGAUACGACUGUAUAUACGGGUAGGUAAAUAGUUCAGAUACAGUGAUAGAGUUAUAGAACCUUAGUGGGGGGGAGUUGAAAAAGAAAAGGGGGUGGAAUAGGGGAAAAUACCUAUGUAAUGUAUAUUAACUAACUAUUCUCAACUUAGGUCCA